AUGGAAGACGCGCCUGCCAAUGAUGACCCAACUGGUACCACAGAGACCAGCCCGCUCCUAGCCACCGGCCUGAUUUCCGAGCCAUCGGUGCAGAAAAGGAGUAAUGGAACGUUUGCAGAUCCGGAAGGGCCCGCCAGUGAAGGAGAUGGCGAGAUCCUAGCACACCCGGACGGGCCCGUUGGCCGGGAGGGGCUUCCGGCGGUCGCCGCCAAGCUGCCGAUUCUCAUUCCUGCCAUCGGCAUCGGCGUUGGUCCGCCCCUCAAGCGUCCCUCUCAACCCAUGGUUUUCCUCUGUGCUCUUGACCAGCUCCUCGCUGUCGCAACCUACGCCAAGAUAGGCAGCGACCUCAAUGCCCUGAACAGCACUAGCUGGAUUGCCACUGCGUACUUCCUCACCCUGACCAGUUGCCAACCGCUGUACGGCAAGUUGAGUGAUAUCUUCGGCCGGAAGGAAUGCCUCCUCUUCGCCUACGCCGUCUUUGGCGUCGGUUGUCUGGGGUGCGGUCUCGCGCAGGACAUGACGCAGCUGGUGGUAGCGCGCGCCGUGGCCGGUGUCGGCGGCGGGGGCAUGAACUCGGUCGUCAGCAUCCUCCUGACCGACAUCGUCCCGCUCGCCGACCGCGGCAUCUGGCAGGGCUACAUUAACAUCAUCUUCGCGGCCGGCACCUCCACGGGGGCCCCGCUGGGCGGCCUGCUCGCCGACUCGGUCGGCUGGCGCUGGUCCUUCAUCGGCCAGGUCCCGCUCUGCCUGGCCGCCUUCGUCGCCGUCCACCUGGUGCUCUACCUGCCCGACCGCGACCACUCGCACUGGCGGGAGAAGCUGGCGCGCGUCGACUUCCUCGGCGCCUGCGUCCUCGUCUCCGCCGUCCUGUGCCUGCUCCUCGGCCUCGACAGCGGCAGCAACCGGGGCUGGGACCACGUCUCGACCGCCGCGCCCCUGGCCGCCGGCGCCGUUCUCUCGGCCGCCUUCGUCCUCGUCGAAGUCAGGGUCGCCUCCCACCCGUUCGCCCCGGGCCACGUCAUCUUCGACCGCUCCCUGUUCGCCGCCUUCGCGUGCAACUUCUUCGGCAUGGCCGGCCAGAUGCCCAUCAUCUUCACCCUGCCCCUCCUGUACCAGGCCGCCGACGGCGUCUCCGCCGCCCACGCCGGAACGCUGCUGAUCCCGGGCUCCAUCUUCGGCGUCGCCGCCUCCCUCGGCGCGGGGGCCGCAAUGAAGAGGACGGGCCGCUACUACUGGCUGACCGUCGCCAGCACGGGGGUCCUCCUGCUCAGCGUCCUCCCCAUGUCCCUGUUCGCCGGCGGGCUGGGCGGCGACGGCGACGGGACCAACGCGGCCGGCACGACUGCCGGGCUGGCCCUGGCGGCCACGGGGGCUGGGUCCCUCGUCACGACGACGCUGAUCGCGCUCAUCUCCAACGCGGCGCCGGCCGACGCGGCCGUCGUCAUCGCCUGCUCGUACCUCUUCCGCUCGCUCGGCUCGUCCGUCGGCAUCAGCGCCGGCUCCGCCGUCCUGCAGCAGGUCCUGCGGGCGCGGCUCGCCGCCGGCCUCGGCGGCGGCGACGACGCCGCGCGGCGGGUCGAGGAGCGCGUCCGCGAGAGCCUCGACUGCAUUGGCGAGCUCGAGCCCGCGGUCGCGCGUGUCGUGCGGCGCUGCUACCAGGAUGCUGUUGUCGCUGUGUUUGUGGCCUGUUCCGCCUUCUUGAUCCCGGCGUUUGUCUCGGCUUUCUUCGUGAGGGAGAGGGGUUUGCAAAGGAGGAGGGGUUAGAGGGAGAGUGGUUAGACGAGAUGUAACAUUCAGGGUGCAUGUAACGGGAGUUGGUUAGUGCCAGUGUCAUUUUGGAGGACACAGGUUAGAGCUUGGAAUUUUAUACCAUCUAUCAAGUUAUCUCAUGUGUUGCUCGUGCCGACUAACCUUGGUUUUCUACCGAGAGUCUUUGUUGUGUAAAUUCCAAUUGAGAAGACUAUAUCUACUGUGAAGCCUCCAGCGGGGGCCGAAAGGCAAACCCGGUUUCUUCAUGAAGUCAU